AUGAACAUAGAUUCAAUUUCGGAAUUGAUCCCUAACACAAUUCUCACUAAAAAUGAACUCCAAGAUAUCAGCAUGUGUAAAGUAGUACUGUUUGACUUAGAAACAACUGGAUUAUCUAAAAAUGAUGAAAUAUCCCAAAUAGCAGCUUAUACGAAAGAAUCUAGCUAUGAUAUGUACAUUAUUCCUUCAAAGGGUAUAUCGAAAGGAGCGUCAGCAGUAACAGGGCUUCACGGUUUAAACGGUGAACUAUACUUAAGGGAAAAUCGAGUGCAAGCCGUGUCAGCUAGUCAAGCUUUUCAGCAAUUUUUACAAUAUCUGGAUAAUUUCAAACGACCAAUUAUUCUUGCGGCACAUAAUGGAUUCAGAUUUGACACUCCAAGAAUAAUGAAACUAGCAUGUGAAGUCAGAUUGAUUGAUCAAUUCAAAACAUUGAUCACUGGUUUUGCAGACACUUUACAUAUUGCACGAAAAUUGCUUCCAGAACGAAGGAAAAAUAAAUUAAAGUUUUCUAUAGAAGCACUUGCUACAGAAUUUGUUCCUAGUCAGAAUCUGGAAGCAUUGCAUAAUGCUACAGAUGAUGUAAUAACAUUACAAAAAAUAUUAGAUGCAGUGGGUAUAACUGAUGAGAUAAUAAAAAAAAAUACGAAAACCAUCCAGCAACUUUUACAAGAAGAGAGAAAUGAGACAACAAUAUCAACUAAUAAGGAAUCUUUAAAACUGUUCAAAGAAAAUAUAUCGGCAUCCAUGAUAAAUAAGAUAGCUAAAGCUGGUUUAAAUAAACUAAUGUUGCAACAAGCUUUCGAAAAAGGUGGCUGUGAAGAAACAAUAUGCAAAGUGCACAACACCUUUACGGAGGCGGAAUUCGAUGCUAUAGUGGCUUAUAUGCUAUCGGAGUGGCUUCGGUUCGCCAAACAACGAACUGGACGCCAGACGCAAAAAAAAGCAGCAAUGUUAGCAGUACCAACGGCACCAGCAGCACAAAUAGCACCAAUAGCAGAAAAAAAUAACAACUGA